AAGAAUAUAUUUUGACGAAAACGUUUACGAAAUACAGAAACUGGUCAGCCUGGAGAAGUUGGAAAUCGAUCACAUUUAUUCUGGAGAGAAGCCAUCUGUUAACUUGCAACGAAUAUGUGCUCCACUAGAGAACCUUAGAGCUCUUAGGGUGCGCAGCAUAAAUAUAGUGCCUUUUGAAGAGCCUUAUCCUGCGAUGUGGAUGGGAUUGGAAUCCUUAGAGUUGAUGAGCUGCACAUUAUCUAAUGAAUUGCCAGAUUGCCCUAAUCUUACAUUUUUGCAUAUUCAUAGUGAAACAUUACACGACAAGAAUUAUUUCUUGAAGUAUAUUCUCAAAAAUGGAAAAACUCUUAAAAUGUUAUGUGAAAGCUGCGAUCCACGAAUUGAUUCCGAGGGUUUUCUCCAAAUACUUCGGGACUGCCCUAAAUUGCGAAAUUUUAGUACACCAAUGCCACCUAUGAAACUUCACCCGGAGUACGUGUCUUCUAUUGUCCAAAUUCUAAAAGAUAAUGGAGUAACGCGGGAGGAUCCCUUAAAACUGGUAUUAUUCAAGCGUAAAACGUGGAAAAGGCUCCGAAGAUUACUACGUCGGAACACUGAUAAGCUGAUCGAUUUGUCGUUAAUUAUUUAAGCAUAUAUAUAAUUAUUUUAUUUGGAAAAAAAGAAUUAAUGAUAUAUUUAAAUAACGAACUACAUAAGCAGCGAAGAAUGUCGACUUGUAACGAAAGUGUACUCCUCUAGGGAAUAUCAAACUCGUCUAAUGAUGCCGUUUAGCACUUAUUUAGCGGUGUGUUUGGACCUGGAAUCCUUGGAAUCAUUGUAUUGCGAAUGCCUAAAUGCAACCACAUCAACAAAGAUCAAUAUUUCUUGAGGUUUAUUCUCGAAAAUAAAAAUAAGCUGA